AUGCUCUGUCUGGCUCCCUGCCUGAUCGCGGUCCUCCUCCCGUCCCCUGCCGCCGAGUCUGCCCUCGCCCAGAGCUCGCUCGUCUAUGCGCUCCACAAGCCACGCGGCGUCCUCUCUGCCGUGGGCGAGUCGCGGGCCAGGACGCUCACGGAUCUGAUGGUUGGCGCGGGAGUCGUGCCGCUCGCUGGCCACGCCGGCCGGCUCGACAAGGAGACCUCGGGGCUCAUGCUGAUCACAAACCACUCCACUCUGCUGCGUGCAGUGAUUGGCCAGGCGCCGGUGCUGGCCGAGUUUGGGGGAUCGCCAGUACCCAAGCGGUACACGCUCCUCCUGGCGGGCGCACACGCGCCAGAGAGGCUGGCCAGCCUGAGCGAGCCGAUCGAGAUCACGCGCGGCGGCCUCAAGCCGUGCGACGGCGCGACCGUGCUGACGGCGACCGCGUUUCGAGACGAGCGGCUGGCGACCGAGUUUCACCUGCUCGGCAGAGAUGACACGCGGCGGGUGGAGGCCGAGCGCGCCGCGCUGAGGGAGAGACGCGCCGCCUGUCGCAGUCGCGCAUCCGGAGAGCCGAUCGCGGCCUUUGUGCCCGAGGGGGGCUGGCUGACACGCGUGGAGCUGGAGAUCUCCCAAGGUCGCCACCACCAGAUCCGCAGGCUCUGCCGCCGAGCGGGUCUCAAGUUGAGGCACCUGGAGCGCACGCGCAUCGGGCCCAUCGAGCUCGGCGACCUGCCGCCCGGACGCGUGCGCCCUCUGGACCGCGAGGAGAGGCGGGCGCUCUACUCGCACUGUCUGCCGCGCGUGAGCGCUUUGAUAUCUCGUGGCAGCGAAUUGCGUGUCUCCUUGUGA